GCGUUGGGCCUUCCUCUUCCGUUUACGGUGAUAGCAGGUUUCAAGAUGGUUCAACGCCUGACUUACCGUCGUAGGCUGUCCUACAACACCGCCUCAAACAAAACCAGACUCUCUCGGACACCAGGUAACCGUGUUGUGUACCUGUACACCAAGAAGACUGGCAAGGCACCCAAGUCAGCAUGCGGAAUCUGCCCUGGUAGACUGCGUGGUAUCCGAGCCGUGAGACCACAAGUCCUGAUGAGGCUCUCAAAGACCAAGAAACAUGUGAGCAGGGCAUACGGUGGUGCCAUGUGUGCCAAAUGUGUGCGUGACAGGAUCAAGCGUGCUUUCCUCAUUGAGGAGCAGAAGAUCGUUGUCAAGGUGCUCAAGGCCCAGGCACAGAGCCAGAAGACAAAGUAAAUGUAAAUUUGUAUUGCCGGAAUAAAAGGUUUUGGAAACUA